AUGGCUCUCAUUGCGGAAACUCAGAAUUUCAUCCGGCCUGUGACUUACCGAACCAGCCUACCAUUCAGCGUUAAUGGCAGCAGUGGAAGUGAUAGUGCUACUCAAGACCACAACAACAACACCACCGAAUCGAUUUAUACAGGAAUUUUGAAGAAAGACCUGGUCGCACUCACAUACACCGAGCGAAUUGCAUUAACGAUUGUUGUGUCAACUUUGUCGGGGAUUUCGCUUUGUGGUAACAUUGGCUCGUUGCGUGUGAAUUUGCGACGAAAAAUACGCCCCUUCUUCCGUGCUUGUCUCAUCUCAUUAGCGCUUAGUGAUUUGUUUAAUACGAUUUUCCUCACAGUGGUGUAUUUGAGUAAAUUUUCAUCGCAUUUCGUGCAAAUUUGGCUCCUUGGGCCCUGCAUGUGUCAUUUGGUGCCAUUCAUCACCACCACCGCUAUUUUGGUCAGCUCCAUGACUCUUGUCGGCAUCACUUUGGAUCGUUAUUUUGCCGUUAUGAAAGCCGUAAUUAGUUUUUGGAAUCCUGAUGCCAUUUUCAGUGUGCUCAGCAUGCUCAUUAUUUGGACAGCAUCCAUUGGUAUUUCAUACCCAGUGUUUCGCGUUUACGAUUUAUAUCCCAUUUACAUCCUUACUGUGGAGAAUGUUACAUCGGCAGCUGGGCAGAGCCCUGUUGCAACAAGCAUUGGUAUCAACGAUAAUGGCACAUUGGCAAAAGUCAUUACAGAUUCAGACACAACAAUAGCAGCAACAGCAACUACAAUUGCAUCUUUUGCCAAACCAGCUACAAAAACUGCUUGGGAACAACAGGCCAUCAAUGGAACGCUGUCAUAUACGCUGGUGAGCAAGAAUGAGCUGGUGAUGAUGUGCAUAUCCCAAAAGCAGUCUAUCGCCACAUACUACUUCAUUGUCUUCUGCAUCAUUUUCCUACCCUCAAUAAUUGCUUUUGUGUGGAUCAAUACAAUUAUUGCCAAGCAUUUGUGGAAUCGACGUCACACCGCCAUCAGCGUUGAUAAAGGACAGCGAAAGUAUUUUGCGAAAUGGGCCGGAAAAAUUGGAGAAGUUUAUCGAAAAUCUGUUAACAAAAAGUGUGCAAAAGAGGUUGAACGACAAUGCAGCUUUCCAACCAUUUCGGGUAGUGUUGUUACUUUUGAAACACAUGUUGGAAGAUCCAGCCAAAGUGAUCCCAGAUCUACAAGUGCUGCCAAGCAUUCAGACCAAACCAAAAGCAAAAGCAAUCGCCAAAUUCGCCAUAUUCGCAUGUUAACUAUUAUUAUUAUAUUAAUUUCAACUUUUCUUCUCCUCCGUUUGCCUGCGUGGAUCUUAAUCAUUACGCAUAUACAUGGCUCUUACAAACAACAUUUGAAAUAUCGGUUGUACUUUAGUUUUGGUAUUCUCAAUUUAGCUAAUUCUAUGUUGAAUCCUUUCCUCUACACUUACCUUGCAGAAACGUUAAAAAUUGCCCACAUUAUUAAGGGAACUGCUAGCAAUGUAGUUUUCGAAUGCGGGUUACGACUGCGAAAGUAA